GCACAUGCGCCCUGGGGCCCCUGUGUGUUUGGGAGGCCCGGGAACGGGAAGAGUCCCGCGCUGCAGCUUGUCCUGCCCCCUCAGCCCGGUGCCUGGGGGCCCACCGCGAGAAAAAGAGUUGCUUCAUUUCCAGGCUAACCACAGCCAGGAUUUCAUGCAGAGACAAUGAACAGACUGCAGUUGUGAAAGUCUUGGUUGCGGUCCUCAGACCUUGAAGUAGUUCAACCCUACUUUCCACGUGCGUUUUCAUCACGAUGGAUACUCAGUAUGUCCUCUGCAGAUGGAGAGAGCGUUUAUGGCCAGCAAAGGUUUUGUCUCAAACUGGAAUCUCCAGAAGACAACAUAUUCGGAAAAGGAAAGCAGCCUUUUUAGAAGUUGAAAUACUGAGUCUAGAUGAAAAAAUUAAAGUGAAGAAGACAGAAACCAGGAUUCUAGAGAAGUCUCAGAUAGAGGACAUUGCUGCAGAAUUUAGUACUCAAGUUAAAAUAAAAACUACACCUAUCGAAGAACUGAUUUACAGACGAUCACUUAAAGUUGCCCUGGAUAUUUUGAGUCAGAAAGCAGAUGCUAGUCAAGUAAACUGUUUGGACGAAAGUCUAACUACUCCCAUACUUCGAAAAGUGAAACAAACAAGACCUGCACACGCUGUCUCUGAAUCUGACUCGUCACCUUUUGUCUGUGAAGAAAUAGUAGGAGGGUCUGGGCCCUUUAAGAAAGAAAAUGUACUACAGAGGCUGUCCAGUUCCCCCAUUGAAGAAAAUAAAUUCAAAAAGGGUUUAAAGAAGUCUAAUAGAAUUUAUAGUAAUGAAACAGAGCCCUUGGCUUCUCAAACAAGAAAUAUUUUUGGCACUCGAAAGCAACAGCAUCAGAAUUGUGAGAUUUCUAAGUCACGGUCCAGAACUUGGAAAAACCAGAAACAAAAGAAAAAUGAUUCAUCACAAAACUCACAACGGAACCUUAAGAAGAAACUUGAAGUAAAGGAUAAUAGGAAAAAAGGCAGGAAUAAGCCACGGACCUCGCACAGGAAUUCAUCACCUUUUAAAGCCAGAGGAUGUAAUGGUACAGAUACUGAGCUUGGAGAACUCAGUCCAGUUUUGUCUAGUAGUUCCAUCCAGUUGGUCACUUUGGAAGAAAAGGCAAGUAGUGCUGUCCAAAAAGCAUUGGACUUUUCUACCAGCCUUUCCUUUGUGAAAUCAGAGUGUGCAAAUGAACAUGGCAGAAUGCCUUCACAGAAGUGCUGCAAAGUUUUAGGUGGCAUUAAACAGUCAUCAGUUUCUGAAUGCUGUUGUGUGGAGCCAGAAGGAACAGGGCUGUGCACCAGUGGAUCUGACCCAAGCUGUUUUGCACCUAAAUCGAGAGCUCUUAAGCUUCCAGAUUUUGAGGAAGAUGAAGAAGAACUUCAGGCUUCAGAGUGGUCAUUGGAGUUUAGUACUGUUAAUACCACCAUGGUAGACGAAGAGGAGGAAGAUGAAGAACUUCCAAGUAUACUUUCACACCCUGAGCCAUGUUCCAUAGAAGCUGGAAUGUUAGUCUGGUGUAAAUAUCAAAAAUAUCCCUACUGGCCAGCAGUGGUAAAAAGUAUAAAGCGGAAGGAUAAGAAAGCGAGUAUAUUAUAUAUUGAAGAAAAUAUGAAUCCCGAAAAGAAAGGGUUUAUAGUGUGUCUUAGAAGAUUAAAAUACUUUGAUUGUGAAGAAAAGCGGGAGCUUGUGGAUAAAGCCAAGGAGGAUUACAGUCAGGCUGUUGACUGGUGUAUCAAGCUGAUUUCUGACUACAGAAUUCGAAUUGGUUGUGGUUCUUUUGCAGGAUCUUUCCUGGAAUAUUAUUCUGCUGAUAUUAGUGUUCCGGUGAGAAAAGGAAUGCGGCAAGCACCCAUCAAAACGGUGUUUCCCAUCCUGAACAAGGAAGACCCUGAAGACGGUCUGCCUGAUACUUCCUUGAACAAAAAGCUGCUUUUCAAGAAAGUCCUUCCAGACCGAAGGAGGGCAGCCAGAGACAAGGCCAAUGAGAAGUUAGUGGAAUACAUAGUGAAUGAAAAGGGGGCAGAGAACCAUCUCUUGGCUAUUUUAAAAAGCAGAAAAAAAUCCAGGUGGCUGAAAGAAUUUUUGGAUUCAAGUCAGUACAUGAAGUGUGUUGAAACAUACCUUGAGGAUGAUGAGCAGUUGGACCUUGUGGUGAAAUAUUUACAAGGAAUCUAUCAAGAAAUAGACAGCAAAAUGCUGAAGCUAAUAAAUGGCGAUGGAAUAAAAUUUAUUCUGAAUGUUCUUUUGCCUGAAGCAGUCAUUUAUGCGAUAUCUGCAACUGAUGAAAUAGACUACCAGACAGCUGAAGAGAAAUAUAUAAAAGGACCGUCUGUGAGCAAAAGGGAAAGAGAAAUGUUUGAUAAAGAACUUCUAGAGAAAAAACAAGGAACUUAACAUUGUUGAAGACUGAACCAGCUUUUCCAGAAAUGUCUCCAGAUGUGUCAAAACCAUAACAGGAAACCUUUGUGUUCUAAGUUGACUCAUAGGUAUAGUUAGUAAGAGAUCUUUCUGUGUAAAAUUCUUCUUAUACUAUAAAUAUGUUUUGUGGAAAUGGGAGCUUUCAAAGUGUUUUUAAUUCUUACUAAUUUUGGAUAUGUCUGUUGUUGGUCUGGGAGUAUAUAUCCCUUGGAUGUGUUCUAUGGCACUGCUUAUGAAUUUUCAGGGAAUCUUUCCUUAGAAAAGCUGUUUACAAAAGUAGUCAGUAGUGUGCAUUUCUAUUUUUAUAACAUACUGCAGGCCAGUUUCCUACCCCCAUCCUUUUUUGAAAUUUGUAAUUGCUGGGUAAUUAAUGUUUGAAGAGACCAACACAUUUUGUAGCAUUUCUGGUUACUAUUGUGCUGUCCUAUUUAGUGUAAAUUAUGUGUUGAUUUUUUUUUUUGAUAUUGAAAGAAAUCACUGGUAUCAGUCUUAAAGUGUUGUUUUUUUAAUACAGGUUUGGGAUAUGUAAUUCCAUAAACAUCAAUCUUUUUAAAAUAUUGCUUCAUUGAUAUUCAAUAUGUUGGACUUCCUCUUAAAUAUUUUCCCUGCCCCUACUCUCUUUAUAUUCAUUUUGGGAAGAAAUUACCUCCAAGAGGUGAAACCUGAGGCAGAGAUGUUUUCUUAUUUUAACAGAAUAACCACAAUUGUAUGUGCAAGAAAGUAUAAGUUGCAGUAUUAUCAUAACUAUUUUAAAUGGAGCUUUUCCAAGUAAUCCAUAGUGAGAAUGGAUCUGUGAAUGCUUACAAAUCAUGCAUUUUUCAAGAAUGUGUGACUGAAUGAAAUUACAUUGUAUUGUCAACCAUUUUGAUAGCCCCGGGCCAGAUUCUCUCACUACUUAUCUCACCUUCCCAUGUGCAUCUCCAUUUUUUGGCUGUGACUGAAUCUUAACCUGGCAAGCCUUGGUCUCAGGCAUUGUGACAGCUAGAUUUCAUUGUAUCAGCAGACUGGUUCAUUUGACCUGAUCAUCUUAGUUUGAUCCCCACAGGCUUUCUGGGUAAUGCAUUAUAGGAAAGUCAAACACUCCUCUUUAAGGUUUAUCUAGAUCAUUUGUUGGGAGAUAAGUUGGCAUUAGAAACAGUUGCAUUUUUUCUGAGAACAGCCAUCAAUGUCUAGACCCUGGAAAUAUUAGCAGUCGAAUCUUCGGAUUCUAAUAGGUUUGGGCCAUUCAAAUUUAGGAAGGACCGUCUUAUUGGUAACAAAAGACUCAAACUGAUGAGUGAUUCAGGUCCAGAUUGAUAUGAAAGUUUGAUUUCUGUGGAUUUGAAAUGUUAGAGAAGUUAAAUUUACUUUUCAGAUUCUUGGUGUGAAUAUGAAUGCUAAAAUGUGGUAUAAACAUGAACUUAGUAGAAUUUUAUAUCCUAGUAUGUAUUAAUUGCACAUAUUCUUGCUAUAUAUGUGCAUGUAUAUAUAUUUAUGCAUAUAUAUAUAUAAACACAUGUAUUUGUUAUAGAGUAUAUGUGUGUGUAUAUAUUUAUGAAAUUGCUAUGCAUAUCUUUUUUUUUUCCUUAAUAAUGAUUAGGGAAUCUUAAAAGAUUGUAUUUUUGGAUUUGGGAGUGGGGUUGGGGGCAGAGGGAAGACAUCUAUUUUCUUAGUCUCAGUAUAGCUUUAGAGUCUAGUGUUAAUAAGCAUAUGUGAAUAUAAUUCCAAUUAGUCAAUUGCACUAAAAAUUUGUCACUAAGUUACUGUUUCUUUUUUGAGAGAGGACAUAACUUGCACAUGCCUGAGUCACACUAAGGUCAUUAUAAGCCAGUGAUAACUUAUAAUAGGCUGUAACCAUUUUCAAAGUGAAUUUGUAAGUAUACAAAGUAGAAAGAGAGAUGUGAGUUAAUUUCAAUGCUGUUCUCUUUGCACAACCUAGGGAAUAUUUGUGCUUGUAAAUAGCCUUCUUCCCUUGAGUAAAAUCAAAGAAGUCUAAAAAGAAAUCCCAUUUUUAAGCAAUAGAGGUUCUUUUUAUUAUUAUUAUUUCACCUUCCUUUGCCAUUUAAUCCAAAUGAAUUGUUUAAGUAUUUUCCGUGUUUAUGGUUCUACUAAAUAAAUUCCUGGAAUUGGUAAAUUCAGAGGUCUGAGAGUCUGCAGCCACUGUCCUUGAUCUGUUUGACUUUUUUCCACAUCAUCUCAUCAGUCUCUUCCUCCAGCAUAAAAAAGAAACACACUUUCUCCUCAGUCUCCAUCUUAAUAUUCCCAGGGAAUGUGAAUCAGUAACUGGUCUGGAUACACAGCUGCAGAGCCAUUCACAGAUCAGAAAGGAUCUUGCCGUGCCACUCUCAACAGUGUUUGAAAUUGUGUACUACAGCUCAUCCAUGGACAAAUGAAAAAAGAGCCCUCUUCAUCCCCAAAGACAAACACAGGAAGAAAUGGGACAAGGGGAGAUAGAGAUUUCUUGUAUCAGGAGAAUAAGCUUUCCAUGUUUCCCACAGCGGUUUUACAGCAUGGGCACUUGUUUUUAUAGCAAAGCUAUCAUCCCUCUUCAUGCAAGAAGCCUAGACAAUUUAACUAACCAUUUCUAGUUGCAAUCGGUUAGUUCAAAAGCAUUUCACCUUGUGCUGAUAAAAACAACACUGACCUUGGAGGUAGUGCCAUAACCAUUUUUAAUACUGUGCUAAAAAUCAAACUGCUGUAGGUGACAAGGUCAAAUGUGGGUGUGUGUGUGUGUGUAAGGAAUCUGUCAGAAUGCAAAAAAUUCUGGUCAUUUAUUCCAAACCAUUUUGAUGUGUAACAUUAAAAUUGCCGAGUAAUUGUCCCUGCUGUUCCCCAAGUCUAAGAGCUUUUAUGUAAAAUUAAAAGAUAAUUGAUACAG